AUGCUGCGCUUCCUGGUGCCCCGGUUGCUUUGCCUCCAUGGCAGGACCGCCCCGUACUCUUCUGCAGCGGCCCUUCCGAACCCCAUCCCGAACCCAGACAUCCGCUACAACCAGCUGUUCAUCAACAAUGAGUGGCAAGAUGCAGCCAGCAAGAAGACCUUCCCAACAGUCAACCCCGCCACGGGAGAGGUCAUUGGCCACGUGGCUGAGGGGGACUGGGCUGACAUGGAUCUGGCAGUGAAAGCAGCCCGCGAGGCCUUCCGCCUGGGGAUUCCAUGGCGCUGGAUGGAUGCCUCAGAGCGCGGCCGCCUGCUGAACCGCCUGGCCGACCUGGUGGAGCGGGAUCGUGUCUACCUGGCCUCCCUGGAGACUUUGGACAAUGGGAAGCCUUUCCAGGAGUCUUAUGCCUUGGACCUGGAUGAGGUCAUCAAAGUAUACCGGUACUUUGCUGGCUGGGCUGACAAGUGGCACGGCAAGAAUCCCAUGGAUGGCGAGCAUUUCUGCUUCACCCGCCAUGAGCCUGUUGGCGUCUGCGGCCAGAUAAUCCCAUGGAACUUCCCCUUGGUCAUGCAGGGCUGGAAGCUCGAAGCCCCAGCGCUGGCCACCGGCAACACUGUGGUCAUGAAGGUGGCAGAGCAGACCCCCCUGUCUGUCCUGUACUUGGCCUCCCUCAUCAAAGAGGCGGGCUUUCCCCCGGGGGGGGGGGUGAACAUCAUCACUGGCUAUGGCCCCACGGCGGGCGCAGCCAUCACCCAGCACAUGGAUGUCGACAAAGUUGCCUUCACCGGCUCUACUGAGGUGGGCCAGCUGAUCCAGAAGGCGGCCGGCGAUUCCAACCUGAAGAGAGUCACCUUGGAGCUGGGUGGGAAGAGCCCCAGCAUCGUGCUGGCCAACGCAGACAUGGACCACGCCGUGGAGCAGUGCCACGAAGCGCUGUUCUUGAACAUGGGCCAGUGCUGCUGUGUGGGCUCCCGGACCUUUGUCGAAGGAUCCAUUUAUGACGAGUUUCUUGAGGGAACCGUGGAGAAGGCUAAGCAGAGAAGGGUCGGGAACCCCUUUGAGCUGGACACCCAGCAGGGGCCCCAGGUGGACAAAGAGCAGUUUGAAUGAAUCCUGAGCUACAUCUGGCUUGGCCAGAAGGAGGGGGCAAAACUUCUCUGCGGCGGGGAGCGUUUUGGGGAGCGCGGUUUCUUCAUCAAGCCCACGGUCUUUGGUGGCAUGCAGGAUGACAUGAGGAUCGCCAGAGAGAUCUUCGGGCCUGUGCAGCUAUUUAAAUUCAAGAAGAUGGAGGAGGUGAUCGAGAGGGCCAAGAACACCAGGUAUGUCUUGGCUGCUGCCGUGUUCACCCGGGACCUGGACAAGGCCAUGUACUUCACGCAGGUGCUCCAGGCCGGCACAGUGUGGCUAAACACCUACAACAUUGUCACCUGCCACACGCCCUUCGGAGGGUUUAAGGAAUCUGGCAAUGGGAGGGAGCUGGGGGAAGAUGGGCUUAAGGCCUACACGGAGGUGAAGACCGUUACCAUCAAGAUUCCUCAGAAGAACUCGUAAGAAUGGCUGCCACACGGACCCACCUCCAGUCCAGAGUUUCCAUAAUC